GUUCAUUCCUUUCCCUUCGACCUUCUUGGCGCGCUCGCCCGACACGAACCUGUCUUUUCCCCGGCGGAGGUUUCUCCAGAACCGAGCCGAGGUUUAUUACUAUUGAGUAUAACAAGCUAGCAGUCGUCGCUUUCGAUCGGCAUCCCACUUCGCGGCUCUGUCUUAACUAUCUAUCAAACCCCCAGGGCCCGCGCCUCCAAUCGUUUCUCUCUGUGUUCCUUACCCUUCAGCGUCCUCUGGCAUCUGCUCCCUUCCGCGCUGCUUCCUGAGCUUUCCUCUUCCCUUUUCACCUCCACAUCCUCGUCACCCCGCAAUUAUCAUGUCUUCAACCGCCCCUACGAACCCUCAGGAGGUCUCUGACGAAGUCAGGGCCACAGAGUCCAAGACCGUCAACCAGACUCUGGCGCAGAUUCGCUCCUUCGCCGCGGGGGGCGUGGGAGGUGUCUGCGCCGUCGUGAUCGGCCAUCCGUUCGAUCUGGUCAAGGUGCGGAUGCAGACUGCGCAGAAGGGAGUCUACUCGGGUGCUAUGGAUGUUGUGAGGAAGACUAUUGCCCGAGAGGGUCUGGCCAGGGUAGGGAUGACGCGUGCAAGUCUUUCGGAGAGCACUUCGUUGACAAUGGCAUCUUAGGGACUCUAUGCCGGAGUUUCCGCGCCCUUGGUUGGUGUCACGCCGAUGUUCGCGGUUAGCUUCUGGGGCUAUGACUUGGGCAAGACGA